AUGAUCCUAGGCAGCAAAGGAAAACUGAAGUUACUUGAUGGUUUUGACCUACCACCAAUCAUUGUUGAUGGUAAUGUCAUACCUUAUGUCGAUACCACUAAACAUCUAGGCAUCGAACUAUCGAAUAACCUCUCAUGGAAUGCUCAUACUUCGCAAAUCUCUAGGAAGGCCUAUGCUGCGUUAAACAGCUUGAAGUAUAGGAAAAAUAUCUUACCUAAAUCUUGUCGCAAGCUACUUGUUACUACUACCAUCCUACUGAUAAUUAAUUAUUGCUCUCUUGUAUUGUUAGACUCAUCAAAAGGACUUGAUAUCAAAUUACAACGCAUACUAAAUAGUACAAUAAGAUUCAUCUUUAAUCUUAAGCGGGAUGAGCAUAUCACGCCCUAUCGUCAAGAUUUAAGAUGGCUCAGUAUCAGGAUGCAUAGGAUUUAUAGUCUGGCAUGUUAUUUUUACAAGUUAUUGCAGACUGGAGAACCAAAAUAUCUGCGAAAACUGUUCUGUGAUGAAGAUGAAAGUGUUAGGCGUUCGGAUAGACUUGCUCAGAAAAAUAAUAAUAUUAUCUUCAGAAUUCCUAAUUUCCAUUCUGUUGUCUUUGAACGCUCAUUCGUAGUGUCAGCUAUACGCCUAUGGCAGGAACUUCCGCUGGAUGUUAUAAGCCCUUUAUCAAUAGGGAGUUUUAAACUCAAAAUGCUAAAUUACCUUUUGGAUCUUGAAGCUGGUGGCAAAGACGUGAAUUUGGUUAUAAAUAAUUUGUAA